CUCACAUUCUGUCGCCGGGUUUCCCACACGGGCGUGGGCUUCACCACUUCCUCCCAACUCUACCCAGUGCCAAGCUGGAACGCAUUUCUGAAUUGCCAUAAACGUCAGUGGCUCAGACUCUUGGCAACCCAAACUCCCACCUCAGUUGAAUCCUUCACCCAGCUUGCUGCGGACAUGAGCUCUUACUUGGCCACCUUUCUUCCUUGAAAGUAACAAUAUCAUAAACCAUCGUUGUGACUUUUUACAUCGCCAGAAUGAGCGGCACCAUCCUUAUCACCGGCGCCAAUGGUUCGCUUGCUAUCCCUACCGUCGAAUUUUUACUCACGAACUACCCGGAACAUACACUACUUUUGACGGUGCGAAACCCCGGUGGCGACGACAUAAACACCGAAAAGUUACGACAAACAAUUGCAAGAUUUCCUAAGGGGAAGGCUACGGUUCGCGGUCUGGACCUUUCAAAGCUCACAUCUGUCAACACGCUUGCCAAUGAGCUAAUCGCGGAGAUCAAAACCGGCAAGCUUCCAGCGCUCUCGAGCAUCAUCGGCAAUGCUUAUUUCUGGAAUCUCAACAAAGACACCAUCACCACUAGCGACGGCUACGAGCAAACCUUCCAGAUCAACCACCUUAGUCACGCAGCUCUGGUUUUAAGAUUGCUUGGAAGCUUCGAGCGUUCGGGAGGUCGUGUUGUUCUGUUCUCAAGCGAUGCGCAUUGGCCAGGUAAAAACGGACUUGAAAAAAUUCCCGUCUUUAUCCCUUCGAACCUUGAUGAGCUCGUAUUCCCUGAAGACAAAGAGCCCCAUGAUAAUAUGGCGCAAGGCUUCCUCAAGUACGCGCAGUCGAAACUGGUUGUGACCAUGUGGGUUCAUGCUCUAAACCGUCGCCUGCAGAGGAAUAACAUGAGCAAUAUUACUGCCAUCGCUGUUAAUCCCGGUAACAUGACUGAUUCCGCCGCACUCCGUAAAAACACCCCUGCCAUGGUUCAAUUCAUGUCGAAAUGGAUCCUUGGGCCCGGUCGUCCUCUUCUACGCUUCCUCGACCCUACCAUGCGGACUACCAAGGAAGCCGCGGUCGAUAUCGCCGAGUUCGCCACCAACAAGGCUUCUCCAGGGGAAAUGGGAUUCUUCACAAUGUAUAAGAAGGAUGAAAGCUCGCCGGACAGCCAGAAAGAGAAUGUUCAAGACGAUCUAUGGAAAAAGACCGUGGAAUGGUGCCGCGUCAGGGAGUCUGCUCUUCCUCUCAAUUAGCGAUCUUGAACGUUUGCUGUGUUACAUCAUCAGCUUUCUAUACCGCCGAGGAGACUUUCGAUUGAGCAUGCGGCUUCCCAUUUCUGUAUCUAGCUUGUAGCUAUUCGGACUGCUUGAUCAGGCAUACAAUGCAAGUGAUACAGCAGUUUAUUACAUCUAUUGUAUGCCGUGGGCGAAUCUUCGCAGAGUCCAUGUUUCGCUCAUUUUUUU